AUGUCGCACUGGCGUUGUGCAGAUGCAUCUGGACAGGACGCUCUUCGGGAAAGUCUAGAAUAUGUCACAGACUUUGCACCCCAAACGGCAUUUUCCAGGGCGCUCGAUAGCUUUCAGAAUGCAGAGCUAAAGGGGCAGUCACGCUAUCGCAGCUACCAGCCAUGGAUGUACUUACAGCUAGCAACCAGCAGGUCUCGUCGGAAGAAAACCGUCUUAACAUCUAAAGAUAGAGAGCUGAGGAGAGCGGCAGAAGAACGCAGAAAUAGGUUAGAGGGACGCAAAGGUCAGCGCGCGAACGAUGAUGAUGGCAUGCGAAAUUCGAUAGACGAAGCUUCACCAAAAGAUCGAAGAGCUUCCAAGCCUGAUCAAACAGGAAGUGGCCCGUCAAGUUUGGCACUUCCUCGCCUUGGGACACCCACCUCGCCUGGGCCAGCUAAACCAAGCUCGCUGCCAUCGCCCGUUGCCAAAGGAUUUAAGGCUGUUUUAGAUACAAAGCAUAAAUUCGAGCUAUCCGAUGAUGAAACCCAAGAGGAGAAAUCUAAGCCAUCGCCCAGUAAAUCACAGGUGCCAGCUGUAGCCGUAACAACACCUCCAGAAGCCCAGCAGCAACUGUCGGACCCCUCAAACGUCAAGCCAGAAGCAAAAAAUGCGACAACUGUCGUGACUGCGGUGGUGCACCCACCUCCCCUUCCAACAAAACCUCCCCUUCCAACAAAACCUCCCCUUCCACCAAAACCUCCUGUUCCACCAAAAAAAGGCCAUUCACAAGCCCUAAGUGAUACUAACAAGGGAGCGUCACAAGAGCACGCAGAUGGCCAGGCUUCAAGAGCUACGUCAAGUAUGGUAUCGCCUCAUGUACCAAGCUCGGGUACCUCGUCACAUGUUGCACGGCAAAGGGGUGUGGUAGCAUCCGAACAGUUAGCUAAUAUAAUAACACAGGAAAGUUCCAGCACGGAGAGCGAUCAAGAUGGUUUUAAUCAUAGGGCCUCCAGAAGAGGCUCGGGGACUACCCUAAAUGCAGACGAGGAAGCACCUGAAGGUGAUCAAGAUUCUAUCGCUAAUCUUGUGAGGAGCGGUGUUGGCAAAGAUCUCUUAAAUUGCAUUGUAAUGCCCCUGAGCUUUCAUGACAUGGAUUCACGUGUUGACACAUUCUGCCGCAAGCUAAAGCAAAAGCAGAUUAGGUACCCGAACCAUCCGCAUCAAACUGCCUGCCGGAAGAUGGCCAAGCAUGUCGUUCUGCAGUUCCAACGCAUACGCAACGAGUGCGAGACGAGCGUUUACAGUUGUCUGAAGAUGUUGUGGCUUUCGACCGUGACCCCUGGAUUCACCAGAUUUACAAAUAUCAUGGGGCUUCCUGAGGUUGCUAGCGUCAGUGAUGUUACGAAGUACAUUAUGGACGUGCUACAGCCUUCGAGUACCAUGAAAAGCUGGCAGUACCCUAACUUGGAAACGAAUGCUUGCAUGUUCUCUCGAGGGUAUUCGCGCAUACUAAAGAACCAUGAAACGAAGAUGCUUACUCUACAGCUACUUUUGCUAUUUUUACAGCAGCAACUCGUCGAUCCAGCAAUGAUUGGCUUCUUGUUGAGCCUUUUUGAAAUGCGCGAGUGCGAUAAGAUGCUGAAGAAGGAGCCGCGAUACACGGUUCGUGAAGGCUUAAUUGUUUCCUCCAGGGGGCUUUUCCAGGCAUUGCUCGCAGACGUAGUGUCCGAGGCGUUUGUAAUUGACUGGCAAAGGUGUAAAACUCCGGAAACAACUGCCAUAGGCUCCAAGGCCAGCAUUCUCUGUGCAAACCUAAAGGCAAACGCGAAGCUGCGAACCACGUUGUGGCCAAUUCUUCAGCUUGUAGCUGCCCAAAAAUGGCAGGCGGCUAUGGAAAGGGCAGCAACCUUUACUAGCGAAUUUGAAAAAGCGGUGGUUGAAGAAAAUGAACUGCAUGCUGCACAGGCAACUGUCAAGGUGAAUGUGACAAUGGCUGUUACCCUAUGUGACACCGCUGUGCUCACGUUUUCUUUUGCAGUCUUCGGGCUCUCCAACUGGAAGGGGAAGCUACUCAGCUGGCUUUCUGGAAAAAGAUUCAUCGCAUCAAUACUGCGUAAAGUGUUGGGAGAAGUGGCUGCAGCAGUCUUUGCGGAUAAUGAAGCUGCAAGAGAGUUUGCAACACUCGUUAGAAGCGCAGAGAAGUACGCAGACCCAAGCACAGAGGCUAUACUCGAGCAUGCCCAAGUACUUAUGAUACCCAUUACUGUUGAAGCUCGUUUUUACUGCCAAACUGGAAGUGCUGGAUUGGGGAAAAUGGUGGGUGACGCCUUAAAAACAAGCAUUAGGUCUCUUGCCCGCCUACAGAAACGAGAAAGCAGAAGAGUCCAACGGAGGAAAAGCACUCGAAGUACUGUUGGCGGAGCCCAGGGGAGCCUUUUGGAGAGUUUCAUUAAAUCAAUUCAACUUCAGAAAGAUCCUGGCGAAAAUCGAGGGUGCCAGCAAACCAUUGUUCGAGAAAGCCAGCAAGAUAAGGCGGUCUUGGUGGUCAACGCUUCUCAGAAUGCUAAGGAAUCUGAGGACAUUGGACAAGGUACUACUGGCACUAGCUACGCUAGUGGUGCUUCACCUGUUCGUCAUUAA